AUGGCGUCGGGGGUCACUUAUCACUACAAGAUCAACCCGGAGACAGGCCUAGAGAUAUUAACAGUCAACAAUGUGACUCAGCUACCGCCCAGUUGGGGUCUGAGCAACGAAGAUUUUUCUUCCGCCGAAGGGCCCCCAAUUGAGCCGACGAUUUGGCAGCUUUAUAUGCGUAGCAUGAGACAUUAUGAUAGUGAUCUCAUAAAGGAUGCGAAUAAUACGGUUGAUGUGCUCCUUGUAUUCGCCGGGCUUUUUUCCGCAGUGCUCUCUGCACUGAUACAGAUAACGUAUCCCAAGUUGCAACCGGACCAGGGGGAUAUCUUGCUCGCCAUCCUUCAGGAGACUCGCCAACCUGGGAGUACAACCCACCAGAAGUUUGAGGUACCUCUUUAUGCGACCCGCGUCAAUUUUCUCCUUUUCACUGGUCUGUUCAUCAGCAUAUUUGUGGCACUCCUGGGGAUCCUCGUCAAACAAUGGGCAAGAAGUUAUCAGCGUAACCUCGAAAGCGUGUCCUCGACACAACUUCGGGCACGCGUUCGACACUAUCGAUAUGUCGGGGCCAAGUAUUGGGGGCUGUCGGGGUUUGUUGCCCUUCUUUCCAUCUCCAUGCAUAUCGCCUUAUUCAUCUCCGCCAUCGGAAUUCUCCACUUUCUGUAUGCAACUGCUCCAGAGACUGGAGCAGGAGCAGCGACAGCCCUCGCAAUAGGCACCACAAUCUUCAUUGUCACGAGCCUGAUCCCAGUAUUUCGUCCCGAAGCCCCGUAUCGGUCACCUCUAUCCAGAGUACUCACCUGGAUCGUAGACAAGAUUCACCAACCUGCCCAAAUCAAGAAGGAUGAGGAGAGUAAAGGGGGAGGUCUCGAGGAUGAUUUCAAGCAAUCCAGCGGAGAGGCAACAAAGGAAAUCCGUAUUGUACGCUCCCAGCUCCAGUUAGACCUGGAUAUUAUCACCCAUCUGAUGAAACGAGCGGACAAGUCGACGGAGCGGUCGAUUCUUGACAAGUGCUUCGAACGCCUACCAAAUCUCACUCUUCUGGCACGUGAAGAGCCUCAGUCGAUCCUCGAACAGGAGAUCAUAGGAGAGGUCUACGUAUUCCUCGCACAGGGCUGCCUACUCGAGGGUAAAGCUGGGGCAAAAGCGGUCAACCCAGACCGUCUCAACAGAUCAAGGAUACUUUGUGAGUUCCUGCGAUGGUUCCUUUCUCUCAAAAGAACUUCAGAACUUCGCAUCGCUCUCAAAACUCGAUUCUUGCAUCACGGAUUCAAUCCCAGAGAACUACCAACUGCGCUGGCAAAUGAUGAAGAUGCUACAAAUCGCGCGAUAGGAUACUCUGCGCUCGGGUGCAUCGAGCACCUACUUGAUCAGGAAUCAGACGACCCUGAUUGCGAGCUUUGCAAGGACCGACUUGGGCGCAUCCAAACCCAAGGCCAACCUCUGGAUCGCGAGGUAAUGAUGCAGAACAUAACCACGUUUAUCAUCGGAUUCUCCAACUGCCUCCUUGCGUGGGAUCUAAAUGGUCACAAGAACCAGAUGGACACGGUGGAUCGCGACGAACGUUGUAGACUCGCACUGGAAAAGCUCAAAUCCGUCUUAGAGCCUUCAGAUCCCCCCGAAGAAGAAGCUAUUGCAUACGUUCCAUUGGACAAGGAAAAAGCAUCGUGGAAAUUAGUAUUAGAGGAAGCGAGGGGCGCGACAGAUGACCUAAAGAGGACAUGGUUCGACCCCGUCAUUGCAUUCAUCGACACCGUCCAGAGCAAUCCGCCAGCCACACCCUUUGAUGCACAGCCUGGUCCUAAACACACCACCGCUAAGGCUACCUCUGGUGGGAGUCGCAAUCCAAGGGUAUCUACAGUAGUUCCGGGUGGGAACGUAGCUACAACUUCUGGAUACGUUCAGCCUCUUCGACGUAAUCAACUGUAA